AUGGCAUUGCUCUCUAACACUUUUUCCAUACCUCACGCACAAGGUUCUCUUCAAAUAAUACAGUACAGUGGGCCUCCAAAGCCUAAGCAAACCUCUCUUUGGAACCUCUCAAAGGCCCUGUCAAACAAACACAGUCCAAGAUCGAACACUCACCUGGAGAACAAAGAGGAUCUUGUACCAACGUCGGACGAAGUCGAAUGUUCUAUAACGACUAACACAACCAUAUUUGGAGAAGACAACAGCGAUAUCAGCGGUAGCAGAGAUGGAGGAGAUAGUGAUAUUAGCAGUUGCGACGAUUUUGCGCCCCAGAACGAAAGUGAAGGCGAAGAGUUUAAGCGAAACUUGGGAGAAGGCACAGAGGAGGAGAGCUCAAACCAGCCAGCUCCUUCUGAAAACGUUACUCAAGGCAAGUUCCGGAAAAAUACGGUCGUUAUGAAAGAUAGUCAGCCCAUCGUGGAUACAAACGAGGGCGACUCGCACGAAAAUGAUGCAGGUACGCAGAUAGGCAAUCGGCUUGAAGUUUCGAGCAUCACAGCCUCUGAUCUUCGCGGCGGGGAGUGUCCUAUAGAGACAAAAAAUGUCAUCGACUCUGAUGCGGUUGGAAAAGAAAAGACUCAAAUGAGUGGGUUCCCGCGUCGCAAAUUUCCAUCAACGCCGCCAACGAGCUCGUCGAAGAUGAAUAUCGAACAGUCAACGCAAGGCAGCGCUCCUACGAUUGAAAACACGAGUAGUAGUAGUAGUAGCAGCGAUACCGAUGACGAUCACUAUGAUCGCGGUAAUCAGACUGCGUGGCUGACCCGCAAGCGGAAACGCUUCUCGCCAACUAAGCGGCACAUUCGAUCGUCAAACAUGACAUCGAAGCAGCGCCUCAAACACAACGUGCGCCCAGCGAAGCAGCGAAGGCUACUCCCCUCCGGUGGUAGGCAGUUCUCUAACCGUCCUUUGGCCCUAAAACCUCUUUCAGGACCACCGUGCAGCGGAUACGAUGCCAAAAUCUGCUACAGCGAUGACAGCAGCGAUGACAGCAGCGAUGACAGCAGCGAUGACAGCAGCAAUGACAGCAACUACCUCUGUUAG